AUGGAAGAAAACAAGGUAGUGAUCUUCACUCAACCAUCAAAAAUCAUAUCAACGGCACCAGUAUUAAACAACGAAGAUGGUCAACAGACCACCCGAGGAGUGGGAGAUGCGGUUUUAACAGCCCUAAUUCCCUUCUCAGGCGAAUUCUCUCCUGAACAGGUACGUAGGGGACUGAGAGGUCCCAUCCUUAGUGACCCACCAGCGGCCAUUUGGAGACGGACCACCUUUACCCAUACCACCUCGGAUGGGGCCUUUUGUCUGUAUGCCUGCGAGAGAACAGGUCAGGCCAUGUGGGUACCGUCGGGUGACUACUUUGUGGCCGACAGACCACGAGGUGUUCAACCGGCAGGUACUGUCAUGGACUAUCUGCUCUCUCAAAGGCGACAGGUAGAAUUAUCUUCGGGGUAUGGUAUCACUCAUGUCAAGUACACGAAACCUCGCGAGGAUGGGAACAUCCGAAGAGCGAGGAGACACAUGCUUGGCAUGAGGGGCGUACCAUCGGGGAAUAUGGUUUCGAGACCACCUCAUCGCCAUAAUCCAAUCGCAAGACCACAGCCAUCAGCACCAGGAGCCGGAUCCCAAAAGACCAGCGAAAGAUUAGACAAACUCCUCGAGAAUUUUCCUAAAGAUAAAGUAGAUGGAGAUGCCAACGAAGAAGAAGGAGAAGGAGAAGAAGCAGAUGCAGAAGAAGAAGAAAAACUUGAACCACUCUCAUCACCAACAUUUCCUAAGCCAGUGAAUGUGAAUGGUGGAAAUAAUGUGAACCCUUCGGAUGUUCAAAAUGAAGAUGUUGAUGACGGUCUGGGUGGUGUUUAUACUCAAAAGGUGCUUCCACCACAACCACCUUCGUCAUCGUCGUCGUUAUCACAAGAACAGAAAAAGUCGACAGAUAAAAAAGGUUCAGAAUUAUAUUUGAAAUACAUUGAAAUUUCAAAAGAGAGGGCUCUAUUAGAAAGCGAAAAAGAACUUUUUUUUUUAGCCGAACAAAGCGUUCGCGAAACGCCCUUCGUAGUACAAGAAGCACAAACAUUAGCUACAGUAUUACGACAGGAUUUUGUGCUCCAAGUAUAA